GGGAGGAAUGCCGCACAAAGUAAGUUGUACAUAAAAAAACAUCUGCCGCUCGCGCUACUGCUGCUUUAAAAUAGUAGUAGUAGAACAUAUUGAUUUUAGUAACGGUACUCCUUGGCAGUUUGCAUGCUUGCUUUUGCUCAAACAGAGUCGAGUCGUAGAACACGAGAACCCUACGUCACAGCGCCAGAGUUUGACAAUUUCGAUUGCAUUUUAACGAGAGAAAGAGAGAGGGAGCGAAAAAUAUAACAAGGAUAUUGAGGAGAUUGAAUUGAGCAAAGUGAAUGUGGCAGCAUCAGUAAAGAAGCAUCCUUUAUUUUAUUGGAAGUUGUAAAAGGAAGAAGAACAUCUUGCAUUGCCUUGCUUUUAAAACAACCGGUAAUUUGGAAAAAAUGGAAGAAGAGCAUCAUAAAUUAACACUGCCCGGCUUACCGCCUUUGCCUAAAAGCCUUAGUGCUGCCAUUGGCCAACCAAACUCUUCAUCUUCACCCUUAAGUCAUGUGCAUGCCCACUUCUUGGAUCCCGAGUUAUAUUUGGGUGCCUCGACUUCAGCAGCCGCCUCAUCACAUCGCCAACGCGUGGGCGGUGCAAAUAGCUCCAACUCCUACCGCCAUGGCAGCUUAUCGUCCACCCAAGAAUCGUUGAGUGAUCGGGAAAGCAUACACAGUCGAGCCUCUUCCACCCACAGUGCGGGCGGCGGAGGACAUCUCUCGCAUUAUGGCCAGCAACAGCAUACACCCACCAACAAUAAUCAUUCGAGUCAUAGCAGCAAUAAUAACUCGCACAACCAUCAUGCAUCACGCACCGAUAGUGACAGCACCUCCGGUUCAAGCACCACCACUAAACUGGACACCCAAUUGGCCAUACUGAGGCGCGAAAUGUAUGGGCUGCGACAAUUGGAUUUAUCGUUGCUAUCACAAUUGUGGGCCCUUAACGAAUCGAUACAGGGCUUUCGUGCUUAUAUUCAGGAACAGGAGGCUUUGUCGCCUCCAUCCCCCUCGCCCACACCAUCAGAGACCAACUCUUUGACAUCGGAGCCAGAUGAAGAAUCGUACUCGGGCCAACAUGCUGUACCCGUCAAGCUGGUGCCGCAAACGCCCACAGCGAACGUGCAGAGUCUAUUGCCCAAACGCGGUUCAACCACUUCGCACGCCUCCUCAACUUCCACCUCGAAUACAUCUGGUUCCUCUUCCAAUAACUCAUCGAUAAGUAAACAUCAGCACCAUAGCAGUGGCGGCGGAGGUGGUGGAUUCCCAAGUCCCAAUAUUGUGGGACUUAUGCCCCCUCAAGCUCCCUUGCCACAAAAAUCGCAUCCACAAUUGCCACGUAUAUUACAACAGAGAAUGCGUCGAGCGCCACCGCCACCUCCACCAAAUCGUCCAAAGUCUUCGACUUCAAUUACCUCGAACUCAUCACAUGGUGGUGGUGGUGGUGGUGGCAGUGUUCAUCAUCAUCAUUCGACGGCGACAAGUAGCAAAUCAUCAUCACCUUCACCCUCACCAGGGGGUGGUGGUGGAGGUGGUCUAACAAGUCAAUCCUCUUCGUCAAUGGCUUCAAGGCAUGUAUGACAAAACCCCUUCUUAGACUAGGCCUUGGAGUUGCCAGUCUAGUCUAAGAACAAAGGGAAAUAAAUAGCUAACUGGAAAAUCAAACAUACAUACAUACGAAGCGGAGAAAGGAGUUCAUCAACCAAAAACUCUGGCAACUCUGCUAACCAAAAAAAAGGAAAUCUUUAAGAUUCCUCGUCAAUUUUAUACUUUUAAAGGAUAAAAACAACCACCAUGCAAUUGAAACACAAAAAUUAAUGCUGAAACACUAUGACUUUAAACUACAAGACACUCGUUAUUCUACCGCUUUAGCAGUAGACUCAACUACCUAUAUCUUCAAAAACAAUCGCAAAUCAAACUCUUUGCAUAAAAACAAGAACUGUUCGAAACAUUCAGCCAUCAUCAAUCAUCAUCUUCCUCCUCAAUCAAAAAGGGGUGAGUUAAAGUGAAAGUAGUAGUAGAAUUUUUAGUAAAGAAAUGGAAACUACCACUAGAAUGGUUUUAGCCGAGACAAGAACCCAAAUCUCUCUAGUUAUUUUAACAAAGCAUACAACGCAAAACAAUGCAAAUCUCAAAGAUUGGUCAAUUUUGUUCCCAUACAUUUGUACACAAAAAGUAAAAAAAAAAAAACAAAAAAACUUGAAAACAAAACAAACAAGCAAAAAAAUGGUUGCGAAGCAGACAAACUCAAUAACUAGUUAGUAUUGUAAAUUUUUAUUAAGUAUACAAACACUUGUAUUUAAUAUUGAUAAACUUCUAUAUGGCAAGUUAGGAAUAGAGAGAAAAAUCACAAUUUACUCAUCAAAAAUCAUCAAAUCAAAUGUAAUUAGAAUACUAUGGUACGAAAAACUCGAAUUGAAAAUUGCAUUGUAUCGUUAUUUUGGGGUCUAUUAUUCCUAAAACAUUUGUACAUAUAUUUAUUUAUGGAAAUGCUCUAUUAACUCAAAAAAAUAUGCUAAGAUUCCCAAAAAUAUGAUGUACAUGAGAACAUA